UGGGGCCUAGCUGACAGAUGCAUCGUGUGCGAGUCGUGCAUGCCUCACCUUCGUCUGCGGCGGAGAGAGGAUGGGUUGGCAAAAUAUCUCGCGAGCCCUGGUCGCCUCCAGUUUCCCUUCCCUCUCUCCAAUCUCUCUUGAUCUACUACCGCCGCCGCCGCCUCCUCUCGGUUUCUGAUGCUGCCACUCCGACGAAGAUCACCGCGCCGCUAGUUCUUAGAUCCCGGGAGAAGGGGAACAGCAGCCGCGCCAGGCGGCAUGCCUCGUCCGAGCCGCAUGGUGGCCAACACAUCGACGGUUUCAAGGCCGGUCCUGGGCGGCGCCUCGUCAGCGUCGUGGAUGGAUCGGGCAGCGCCUUGGCAUUCCAGAGGGGCGAAGUGGGCCGGCCAGCAUGCGUGGGGCGCAAAGGUCACGAGCAGGAGGGAGAUGCGCUGGAGGUGAUGGAGAAGGAAGUCGGAGGCGGCAUCAGCGUCCAUGGCGACGCCACCCCAGGAACCCUCCUGCACACCUCGACAUGGCUCGUCCGUGCCACAUGGUGGCCGAGAUGCUGGAGUGGAUCAAGAGCGGACCGUAGCAGCAGGAGCAAGGAUCUGGUGGUGGUUCAUGAUAUUGGACUGCAUUACUAAAUGUUCUAGGGUUGGAGAGAGCUUAGGUGAGUGCUCAAGUUCUAUGUGGAUAACAAUAACAAAAAAAUAGAAAUCCAAAUCUCUAAAAAACUGACGGAAUCAUAUAUAUAUAUUUUUUCAAGAAUGUACUCUUUCUGAUUCCUAUUGUGAGAUGUUACGUUUGUAUGCUAUUUUCUUCCUUUUGUAAUUUGUUUUCUUUCUUUGGUGCUGCUUGAAGUGAUAUUUUGAUAUUCAGUUUUUUUUUUCUGAAAUUACAAGUCAGACGCUUUUAUUUUUGAGUAUACAUAUUAACUGAUGCACAACUAAAUGCCAUUUUAUCCUGUGUGGCAUAAUGAUGGUAGUGAUUUGAAGCCAACCCAGAACUAUUAGUGAUUCUGACAAGUGGUGCUCUUAUAUUCAGUUGUUUUCUGAAAUUAAAUUUAGUUAGUUUUGUGUUUGAGUACAAAAAUAGUACAAAAAAGUGGUGUUCUAAUAUAUUUUUGUGUUAGGAAAUUAGAAGUUAUUUCUUUUUAGUUGAAGCCCAUCCAAGUAGCAUUUUAUUGUUUCUGUAGGUCUACCCAGUAAUGUGAGUCAGUGUAUCGAUUUGCCAAUUCUUGAUCAGUAUAUAAAAAUUCUUGAGCUGACGUGAUGCCUGCAAUGCUUUUUUGUCUCCGCUAUUUUCUUCCUUUAGUGUACAAACUGUUUUUAUUCCCAGUUUCUGGUUUCUGUGUGCAUAGUAGGUUCAGAAUCAAUUUCUAAAAACACAAACUUUGCCAUGUUUUCUCGCCAUCAUCCACCUGCUGGUCCUUGUUCG